AAGCAUAACAUGCUUUUCUUGCCACAGUGGGGCUAUUUCCAGCAAUUGCCUUUCUGUUUUGUUUUAUAUGUGAUUCAUUUGCUUUUUGAGUGCUUUGUUCAUUGUGGCAUGUACUCAUUCUUCAUCUUCAGUAUGUUAACUAGUUAGGUUCGGCAUGUACUCAUUGCUUUUUGAGUGCUUUGUUCAUUGUUUCUGUAAGUUCAACUAUGGGCUUUAUUAUUUUUUUCAUAAAGUUUGCCUCAUUAUUGAGUUGGUUUAAUUUACUAGUUUCUUCCUUUUGCUCUCAUUUAGAAUCUGUACUUUUCCCAUUUAUGAGAUUAUUAGAUUUUCUGAAGUCAAUUCUGUAGUAAGAGAAAUUUGGAUUUAAUGAAUUUCGUACUAUGAUGAUGUCACCUGAUUGUUAGAGCUGAUUAUAUGGUCAUAUGCUAACGUACUAGUAGCACAAGACUGCAAGUCAUAUUUUAGACAGCCAAAAUUUGCUAGGGUUAUUGACAAUGCUGUUCUUUGGGUUGUUAUCCAAACAGAAUAAAUAAUGUUGGUAAUCAUGGUAACAUGGGCCAUGCAUGAACCUCUUUGAACUGUCUUCAAAGUCUGAUAAUACUGCCAAAAAAGGAAAAUUAAAUAUGGUUUACUAUGAUAUUGCAUGAUUGCAUCUUUGAUUUAGAUAUAAUUUAAAAUGCAUUUUCCUGGCUUCUUCUAAGCAGAUGCCUCAUCAGCUAUUUCUUUAUUCUUUCUCCUAUAUAAUGUGCUCUUGUCCAAAAUAAAUAAUAGAUUGUCUUAGAUCUAGAACAGAUAGCUACAAUUGUACUGUUAAAUUAUAGGUCAUGAUGUAUUUUGCCAUGAUCAAAGGAAAUUGUUUUCAUGUAAUUUGCUGUCAAGAAUUGAGGUCUUUCAUGCUGGUUUAUGAGUAAAUUGAUCUACGGUUACCACCUUUUCAGCAUUAAUUGUGGGAAGGUUCUGUUGGAAUAUCGGAAAUGGCAAAAGGUAGCAGGGGAAGACACAGGAUUGCUUCUCGUCAAUUCAGAGUGACUCCAUACCCACUGGCUUCUUGCAAAAGGGACAUUUGUGAGGACCUCUGCCAAAACAAAUGUUCUAAGGCUUUGGAAAAGAAAGAGUGGGAAGAUGUUACAUGUUCUGUGUGCAUGGAAUAUCCACACAAUGCUGUUCUUCUUCUUUGUUCUUCUCAUGACAAGGGUUGCCGUCCCUAUAUGUGUGGAACUAGCUUUCGUCAUUCCAACUGUCUUGAUCAGUACAAGAAAGCUUAUACCAAGGCAAUUUCACCUAAUAGGCAACCUAUGCAAGGCACUCCAGGUCUGCUACAAGAUUCAAACAUGCAUCUUGAGAAGAGUGAAUCCACAGAGCUUGCAUGUCCUCUAUGCAGGGGUCAGGUGAAAGGUUGGACCGUUGUGGAACCUGUUCGGGACUAUCUGAAUGCAAAGAAAAGAGGCUGCAUGCAGGAUGACUGCUCAUUUGUUGGGAACUAUAAGGAGUUGAAGAAGCAUGUGCGGGCAGAGCAUCCCUCAGCACGCCCACGGAUGGUGGAUCCUGCCGAUGAACAGAAAUGGAGAUGGCUCGAGUGGGAGCGUGAAAGAGAAGAUGUUAUCAGCACAGUAACAUCAGCAAUGCCUGGGGCAGUAGUUUUUGGAGAUUAUGUUAUAGAAGGUCAUCAUAAUGACUUUGAUACAGAUGAAGAGGAGGGUGCAGGUAAUGCAGGAAGAAAUGGAAGAUUUCAGAUGGGUUUAGAGGCAAUGAAUUUCUUCCUCCUGUUGCAUGCGGUUCGGCAAGGGAAUGAGCUUAACAACCUUGGUAGACGGCUGAGGCCUGAGCUGACCCACAACAGGGUUGCAGGUCAGAAUGCAGCUGCCGUGCUGGAUAUCUCAGAUGAAGACAAUGAUAAUGAUGGCAGGUACAAUGAAGAUAAUAAUAGCAGGUACAAUGAAGAUACUGAUGGCGGUGUAUCUUUGGUUAGCCGUCUCCACCGCCAUGGUGGUGGCAGAGUUUUAUUGGGUCGUUCUGGUAGGAGGCGGAGAUGUAGAGAAGCACGUGCAAGGAUUGGAGAUAGUUGAAGAUCGUGCAUGAAACAGGAGGUUGGCAAAGGACAAGUUUCGUAGGCAUAUCAGAUUAGAAAAUUCAGCACCAUGUAGUGGUGGCUUAAUAACAUUUGAAGGGCUUUCUCCCCCAAAACAGGAAAAUCAAAAGAUGGGCAUUUUUAUUUUUUUAAAAUCUUGUAAUUUCGUUUACAUGUACAUCCCUACCUUCCUCCUAUUGCUUUUGCACAUUCCAAUGUGAAUUCACUUGUGUAAACAUUUGAUUUUUAUGAAAUCUUUGACAAGAAGUUGAUUGUCAUGUGACUG